AUGCCUACCGGUUCUGUUCUUGUCGCUGGUGGCACGGGCUACAUUGGCUCGUUCACCUCCUUGGCCCUGCUCCAGGCUGGCUACAAAGUUGUUGUCAUUGACAAUUUGUACAACUCCUCCGUGGAGGCCCUGAACCGCAUUGAGUUGAUCUGUGGCAAGAAGCCCGAGUUCGUUGAGCUCGAUGUUACCGAUGAGAACGCCUUUGACAAGGUCUUCGAGGCUCACCCCGACAUUGACAGCGUUAUCCACUUUGCUGCCUUGAAGGCUGUCGGCGAGUCUGGCGAGAAGCCCCUCGACUACUACUACACCAACGUCUUCGGCUCCAUUAACCUCCUGCGUGCUAUGGUCCGCCACAAUGUCUACAACAUUGUCUUCUCCAGCUCCGCCACCGUCUACGGUGAUGCCACCCGUUUCCCCGACAUGAUUCCCAUCCCCGAAAACUGCCCUCUGGGCCCCACCAACCCCUACGGUAACACCAAGUUCGCCGUUGAGACUAUCAUCACCGACACCAUCAACGCCCAGCGCAACAAUGCCAUCAAGGCCGGCAACGAGGCUGAGGCCAAGAAGUGGAACGGCGCUCUCCUGCGCUACUUCAACCCCGCCGGUGCUCACCCCUCCGGUAUUAUGGGUGAGGACCCCCAGGGUGUCCCCUACAACCUGCUGCCCCUCCUGGCCCAGGUCGCCACCGGCAAGCGUGAGAAGCUUGCCGUCUUUGGUGAUGACUACGCCUCUCACGAUGGUACUGCCAUCCGUGACUACAUCCACGUUCUCGAUCUGGCUGAUGGCCACUUGAAGGCCCUGAACUACCUCCGCGCCAACAACCCCGGUGUUCGCGCCUGGAACUUGGGUACCGGCAGGGGUUGUACCGUUUACGAGAUGAUUCGCGCUUUCUCUGCUGCUGUCGGCCGAGAUCUUCCUUACGAGGUCGCUCCCCGUCGUGCUGGUGAUGUCUUGAACUUGACUGCCAAUGCCAGCCGUGCCCACGAGGAGCUUGGCUGGGCCCCUACCCACACUCUCGAGCAGGCUUGCGAGGACCUCUGGCUCUGGACUCACAACAACCCUGAGGGAUACCGUCAGCAGCCGCCGGCCGAGCUGCUGGCUCAGCUGAAGAAAUAA